ACACUCAGAGAGUAACAGUGCCCUCAUCCUACCUACAGCCACAUACCCAAGAUGCCUCCUAAGUUUGAUCCCAGUGAGGUGAAAAUCCUUCUCAUGAGAGCCGUCGGUGGUGAGGUCGCCGGUGGUUCUACCCUUGCUCCUAAGAUUGGUCCCUUGGGUUUGUCCCCCAAGAAGGUCGGUGAGGAUAUUGCCAAGGCUACCAAGGACUGGAAGGGUCUUCGUGUCACCGUCAAGUUGACCAUCCAAAACCGUCAGGCCACGGUCUCUGUUGUCCCUGCUGCCUCCUCCUUGGUCAUCAAGGCCCUUAAGGAGCCUGCUCGUGACCGCAAGAAGGACAAGAACAUUAUUCACUCUGGCAACCUUUCUCUUGACGAGGUUAUCGAGAUUGCUCGCACUAUGCGCUUCAAGUCUCUCGCCAAGGAGCUCUCGGGUACUGUCAAGGAGAUUCUUGGAACUUGCUUCUCCGUUGGCUGCACCGUUGAUGGCAAGAACCCCCAUGACUUGCAAAAGGAGAUCGACAACGGUGAUGUUGAGAUUCCUCAAGAGUAAAUUCAGUUUUCACGUGGAAAACAAGAUAUGCUCUAAAGAUCAACAAGUGGUUUCCCUUUGUGGUUGAAGUCGCCGACACGGCAGUGAUGAUGGGGUGAGGUGUUUGCGGGUGUGGAUUUGAAACGGAUUGGAAUUGAACCGUAUGAAACUUGUUAAAACAAAGGUUGACACACUCUGAUCUGCAGAUUCUUUGUUCUACAGAUCAAUUUAUUAUCAACCAAGAGCAAUGUUCCUCUUUCCGUGAUGGUCCUUUGAUUUCAUUCAUCUGGUCGCGAACUGCUGGAGGAG